CAAAUUGUCUACAUUCAGUUGUUCUCGCAACUUCUCGAAUAUCUCGAUUAUGACCGUCGCUUUGAUUACCACAUGAAAAUUCAGCAAAUGUGCGAUAAAAACAGCACUGUUCUCCAAUUUCUUGUCGUCUAG